UAUGGAUUCAUUAAAUGAUGGUAGUUAGGCAAGGAAAAAGUACGCUGUGAUCACACCAACUGUGAGAAUGGCUUUUAUAAAAAGAGUUUAAUCUAAAUAAUCAACAAUAAAGUAGGCUGCUUAAGAAUUUGGAAUUAAGUUUAGCACCUCUAAAGCUAUUUUGCAAACUUACAGAAGAGAAGGAAGAAUAGGCAAGAAGAAGACUCGUUAGAGAAGAAGUACUUUUAGAUUGGAGUCUCAACCUUAAAAACCUUAAGAAAUCACUAAAACAAAGGAAUCGUUGGCUCCAGUCUAAUGUGUUUAGAAUAGUCCUAUAGACCUAUAAUUUCAAUCUCUAUAAUUAUAGUUAAACUAAUAAAUUUAAAUGAUGCAACUUAGCUUAUCCAUGAAUCCAUAUAGGCUUCUUUAACAGUAAAAGUAUUAAUUUCAUUCUAUAGAAGCCAAUAUUUAAACUAAUAUCUAAUGUAAAUGUAAGCCCAAUAAAUGAUCAAUAUGCAAGGAUGGCAGAUACCCAUUUAGCAAGCUUAGACUCUUCCUUAAUAAUUUGGAAGAAUAGAGGAACAAAGACAAUAUAUAACUCCAUUAUAAUCUAGUAAAUGUCUGGAUCAAAAUUAUGAUGAAGGACGUAGUACAUUAAAGGAUUUCAUUUGAUA